UCUUGCUUUCGUUCGAAACAAAUGUUUUGCCAGAGCGCGCGUGAGCGAAGGGUGCAGUGUCGAAGCAUAACAGCAAUAAAAUCCAUAACAAAACAAACAAGCCAUUCACAAGUUGUUUGUUAAAUGGGGUUUAAUAAUUUUGUUGUAUGUUAAACUCAUUUUGUAAUUUGAACGCUGUCGAGCUGUAAGCAGCGUGUGUUCCGACGCUCGAGUGGUGUUCUACUAGUUAUCUUCCUGUUAGUGGACCAAGACGAUGAAGGGUGGACAGUACCGAGAGAAGAUGAUGGCAUCAAGUGGAGUAUAGUACCAGUGAAACAAGUUCGUCGGGAUCUCGUUUUGCAGUAGCAGUUGAACAAAGUUAUUGAAACCCACAAGGAUAUAGAUUUCGUAGGAUCAUUCAUUUCUGUCAUUUGAAGUGCUGGUGUGUAGCGGUGAAAUAAUAAUGUUCUGAUAUACAUGUAACUUGUUUGGGAUUUGUUCAUUAAAUUGUGUUACUCAACUAUAAACUAGUGUGAAGUUUUUUUGAACACGUGCCAUCUUUAAAAAUAAAAUGUCUUCCUCUGAAGUGGAUAUUGACGUUAAUGUAGUGUCCAGUCCGGAACCGAGCCCACGGGGAGCUCUGGACUCGGAAAGUCCCCGUUGUGGCCACAGUGAUGAUGAGCAAAUAUCUUCACCGGACAGUUCCCAUCCAAAUCACUCUCAUCUGCAUCAUUCAGCUCUGGCUGGUCACAUGCCGCAUCCUGCAGUCAAUCAACUUAGUUACUACAGCGUAGCUAGCAGCUUAAGUAAUAACCACACAUGUUACUCACAUAGUCCCGAGUCUAGACUUAGCCCACCGAAAACACCUCCCUCGACGGAUAUGCCGCUGUCGCAAUCCGUUGGAAGUCAACAGAUGACGGUGGGGAAAACCUCGACCACACCUGGAUACACUAGUUUUUCAAUCUCUAGUAUCCUUAGCCGGAAUGAACCCACCGUGAAGAAAGGUGUCGGCGUGAUAGCACCUAUCCCGUCGUUACCGCUAUCGGCAGCGGCCGCAGCUGUGGCCGUAGCUUCGUCGAAUGGUGGGAGUGCGGGCAUGACUAGCCCGCAGGAUGCAGCUAUGCUUUCGAGGUUAGGAUUCAUGUCCCAGUGGAGCGCAAUAGCAAAUCGUUACGCAGCACUUUGUCCCCCUGGGUGGCCCUGGCCUCCGACCGCCCAAAGGAUGCCGUUCAAUAGUCCAACCAAUGACAACACGGGAAGCGGUUUGGAGAACCAGUCCCCCUCGUUGACACCCCCGCCGUCACACCAAUCCAAGACACCUCCACCGCAUCCGGCAUUUAUGGGAAGUGCGAUCGGCAUGAGAUCCAGCAGUGUGAACACCACCGGUACUCCCAGCGGUACCCACAACGGUCUCGGAUCCGGCGGAAGCAGCUUGGGUGGGGGCAGCGGCAGCACCGGUGGGGACGAUUGUGAAUCUGACGACGAUGGCCAGGAGAUUAUUGAGGAGGACGACGACGGAAGCGACAGGCCGUCGGAUUCUGCCUCGCCCAACUCGAAUGGAGCGAUGCAGGCCAAGAGGAAAAAGAAAACACGAACGGUAUUUUCGAGGGCGCAAGUGUUCCAGCUUGAGUCAACGUUCGAUCUGAAACGAUACCUUAGUUCGUCGGAGCGCGCCGGUCUGGCAGCAUCCCUUCGCCUCACGGAGACGCAGGUGAAAAUCUGGUUUCAAAACCGUCGCAACAAAUGGAAGCGGCAGCUGGCUGCUGAACUGGAAGCAGCCAAUAUGGCGAAUAUGGCGCAUGCGGCCCAAAGGCUGGUACGUGUACCAGUUCUGUAUCACGACGGGGCAGGCGGUGGCUUUGUCCCUCCUCCGCCACAUCCUCACUCCCAGCAGUUGUACUAUACGGCGGCUGCGGUGCGUGGGGGCAGUCCACCGAGGCCACCCCUCUCCUCUCUGGUGUAAUAUUGUGUUUCGAACAUCGUCAUCGGUAGUAACGGCGCUGGCAACUGCAAAAGUAGUGGUAGUAGCUAUGAUGCUGGCAGCCCCUCCAACCGUAGUGACAAUUCCUUGGGAGAAUCCGAUGGCAGAUCUGAAUUGCUUUGUGCGGCAAUUUUAUUGUUAUGUAGAAUACCAGAUACAUUCAAUGCUGAAGGGACAAAAGUGGACAUUAGUAAAUAGUUGUAAAUAAUGACAAGGUGAGCGAGUAAAAUAUGUAAAAGAUUUGUUCCUAUCAUAACAUAGGGUCUCAUUUUUAACUAGUCUCCCUAGUAUUAAAGUUUUUCAAAUUAUUUCAAUCGCAAAACUGCGACCGAAUGAUAGUCAGUGGUUUGAAAGGUGCAAAUUUGCAUUGAAGAAGCUUAGCAAACUGAAUUCAUAUUGUCUUGGUUAUUGACUUAAAUUUCCCAAAAACCCUGAAUUAUUAUUCACCACGAACUGUAUUCUACAUUAAUUUCAGUGUAACUAAAUCUAGUAAUUGUACAUAAAUGAAAUGCUUUGUGCGGUUCCUACUAUGAAGAACGAAAAUCAUAAUACUAAAUAAUAGCAAACUACUCGCAUUUAUACAGCAGAUGAUAAAACAUCCCGCAUUUCUUGUGUAGAAUAUUUCAUCGCCAUGUAUCAUUGUAGUCAGGUGUAUAUGUAAACUCGUACCGAUUAUGUUGAAUAAUUUUACCUUGAGGCAUAGUUUCUUUGUAAAGUGUACAGUGUGAAUAUAAAAUGUUUUAGCUUUUUCUUUCAAACUCCAAAUUUGAAUAUAUAUUAACUUUUAUAGUACGUACAGUAUUGAUAAGUAGAUUAAUAGAGCCUAAUGAGAACCUAAUGAGAAUGUCUUUGAAUGCAGUGUGACGAAUAGCUAUGAUCUUGUGAUGUAUGAAUAACGAUAUAUGCAAAAUAUAAUAUUCAAAAAUUGUUAUAGAAAAAUAUCCGAUGUACUUUUAUUGGCCAAAUAAUAUCCGUUACGUGUUUUUACUGAAUAUGAAAAUCGCUCUAAACUCGGAAGUAUGAUUUAGGAGAAUGUUCACAUAAGUGGGACCCGGAAGAAGCAGAGUCCGUGGGUUGAGUCAUAUAGGGUAGAACAACCUGAUCGAGUGCUUCCCACGUGACGUGAACUGAUUUUGGCGUAUGUUGCGAUGGAACUUUGUUAUGAAUAGAAACGCAGCUAUUGCUCUUAUGUGAAACAUCAGUCAUUCGUGUGUUAACCGUCGUCGCAUUGAGAAGUGUCUUUCGGUGCCUAGUAAAGUGUUGAAAAUACUGUCUAAGUGGUGAAAAUACUGCCUUUCUCAAGACACUUCGCCCUUCACUUCGUUCAGUGUGUUUUUGAAAUGAAAAUUUCGUCGAAUGCCAACCAGAGUUCAGUGGAUUAUAUUAGGCUGUCAAAAA